UAGUCCAGGUCCUGAAUGCCAUCUUUAUUUACAUCAUCUGCUUGAUCAUCUUCACCGUCUUCAAAAAGGACAAACACACGCUAUAUCUUCUUCGCUCACACACUGCUGAUUGACUGCCUGUACUUAAUAGUGGCUAACAUCUUGCUCCUACUUAGUUUCUUUGCAGUCCCCAUGCAAGUUGCAGUGUGUAUUAUCAUCUGUGUGUUUAUGAGUGUAUUGACCUUUGCCACGCCRCUGACUCUGACAGCCAUGAGCCUGGAGCGSUAUGUGGCCAUCUGCAUGCCUCUGCGCCACGGAGAGCUCUCCACUGUACGCAGAGCCAUUCACUGCAUCCUACUCAUCCACAGCAUCAGCGCCAUACAGUCCAUCAUAAUGGUCUCCAUCUUUCUUGCCUCAGUACCUCUGGGGUUUUACACUCCGGACAAGCAGUGCUCAGUGGAGAUGCUUGUUGUACAUAGGUGGCAGGGUCACAUUAGAUCAGCAGUAAGUCAGUUCUACUUUCUGGUCAUGUCCAUCACCAUUGUGUUUGCCUAUGCUAGAAUAGUAGCAGUUGCUAAAGAGGCAUCAUCAGACAGUAAGAAAUCUUCCUCUAAAAGUCGUAAAAUGGUGAUCCUCCACGCCAUCCAGCUGUGAUGCCCAAUCAUCUAGGCGGCUAUCUUGCAGAUUCAUUUCAGAAUUUUUAUUAAUGUAAGGUACUUUGAUUAUAUUGUUUUUAUUCUGGACCCACGAUGUCUGAGUCCGCUUGUCUAUGGCCUAAGGGAUGAAAAGUUUUUAUGUAUUUUGUGGAUUGAAACAGAGAAUAUUUGUUGAUAUUUAAAUAGCUGAUUAUAUGAA